GAUGUUUGGUCGUAUGCGAAGGGGCUUCCUCAGUUGUUUCAGCAGGGUGGAGUAUUCUACAGCAUAAUGAAGAAAACAACAGGUUUGGCUGAUGGCAAGCACUGCACUUUUCCACAUCUGCCUGGUAAAAACUUUGUGUACAAUGCAGCAGAAGACAGAUUAGAGCUGUGUGUGGAUGCUGCUGGGCACUUCCCAAUCGGUCCUGAUGUUGAAGAGCUGGUUAAAGAGGCCUUAAGUCAAGUGCGAGCAGAAGCUACUUCAAGAAGCAGAGAAGCAAGUCCUUCACAUGGAAUGCUGAAGCUGGGUAGUGGUGGAGUGGUGAAAAAGAAAUCUGAACAACUACAUAACAUAACUGCAUUUCAAGGAAAGGGUCAUUCCCUAGGAACUGCAUCUAGUAGUCAACAACAUGAUCAAAGAGCCAGGGAAACACCACUUUUAAGAAAGCAUAGCACAGAGACCGACUUCAGUCCUUCUGCUAAAAUUGAGCCUUCUGUAUUCACAGCUGCAUCUGGUAACAGUGAGCUUAUUCGAAUUGCUCCGGGAGUUGUGACAAUGAGAGACAGCAGGCAGCUUGACCCCACUUUGAUUGAGGCACAGAGAAAAAAGUUGCAGGAAAUGGUCUCUUCUAUUCAGGCUUCAAUGGAUAGACAUUUGCGGGAUCAGAAUACAGAGCAGUCAGCAUCAGUUGAUGUAUCUCAAAGAAAAGUAGAGGCAGUGAGUUCAACUGCUAAAACUGGGAGCUUUCAAGCUGCCUUACCUGAAUCGUUUUCUGCACCAGGUGGUACUGAACACUUGAAUACUGAAUCAACUGAUGGUAACAUGGUGAAUUCUGUGGGAACAACAUUCCCUGCAAGGUCUAAAGCACAAAAGGGAAAUUCUGUUGAGGAGCUUGAGGAGAUGGAUAGUCAAGAUGCAGGAAUCACUAAUGCAACUGAGCCAAUGGAUCACUCUUGAUAGGUUAAAAUCUAAUAAGGGUAGAAGAAAUUACUGYUCAAAUGUAAUGUUUAUUGGCUGGGCCACACAAAGUGAUUAGUUAUUAAAUCUUGUAUGUAUGUCAAAGAUUAUAUCAUCUUAUUCAGUGCAUGAUAAGCGUGUGAUUGGCAAUAGCUUUCAAUAUUACCAUACUGCUGCCCAGGCUGGCUCUGUUACCUGUAAAUUAGUURUUAGGAAAUGCACUGAGAUGAAUAUCUGCUGUACAUGUGGGUUCUUGAAAAUUCUUCAUAAUUUUCAAUUUCUUAGAAGUCUUAAAAUUUAAGCCCAUGCAAGGUUCUUACCAUGCUAGCUUAAGGUUAGUGGAAGGGCUAGAACAGGCAAAACUAGAAACAUUGCAAAAUUAAUACUGCCCCAGUUACUUAAUUCCAAUAAAAAUACGCUGUAAACAUAAAUUAGACAUAAAUUUCUAAAAAUAACUGAAACUAAACUUCUGCUCAAUUUGAUAAUGCAGCACAUAUAGAGUACUUUUAAUUACAUUGUGCUGGCACUUCUCCAAUUUAAUAACUUUUUUAUUCAUAUCCUCCUCUCAGAAAUCUUGGAGUAAGUUUAACUUUAGUAAACUUUAAGUUCUGUUGUCAGUUUAAGCAAGCUAGAAAAAAAGGCCACUUAGCAUAUGAUGAAAAUACAUUCAAUGUGGUGUGGUUAUGCAUGGCUGUCUGAGCCAACACAACCAUUUUGGUGCUCUGUUAGUAGCAUGUCUUUAUUUCCUCGCAAAUACCAAACUGGUCAGGUGGUUGUGCAACUUUUGAGACAAUUAAGGGAGAGAAGUUGGUAAUUGCAAGUAAGAACAAAUGUUCGAUGGCAAAUCCAUUUCUUUUAGAAGACUUUGAUUGCUAGCAUUGGUUAGAAAUGGCAAAAAAUGAAAUAACAGCUAUCCUCUUAAGAGCAAAUCAACAAUUUAUUGGAAGGAAAUGACUUUCUAACACACAUUAUCCUAAAGUGUAUGGUGAUAAUUGAGCUUUUAGAAGCUCACUGUUUACUCUGUGGGAACAAGGAAUACAUGCUGUUUCAGUGUCUAUAAAGACUACCCGCCUCUCUCAGGCUCACUUCAGUUUGUGAUGCAGAUUUCCCUGCAUCAGUGAUAAUAGAGCUGGUAUCCACUUAAGUAGUGUGUUCAUCAGACCUGUAGUGCUAGUUUUUAAGAGGCAGCCAUUGAGCUUGCUCCCUAAGGAUGGAAUGUGUUUCUGAUACUGCACUUUGCUUCCUAUCUUCAUAGUCAUUUAAAUGCACUAUUGUUGCUUCUYCUCAUGAUAAAAUAACACUGAAUGGAUGACAAGAUGUUAAUACAGCUUCAAAGGAAUUAAGAGCAUUUAAAUACUGAAGUCUGUGUUUGUGCACAUGUAGGUUUUUACCAGUUCACAAAUGUGGUUUGUGUUGUAUGUGUUUGUAUUGAUAAAAGUCUCCUUACUUUUUACAUUUCUAAUCACUUAAACAGUUCUAAGCGUUAGUAUGAUAAAAUGUCCCWUGAGGAAGGAUUUAUUUUUGUAUGUAGAACUGAAAUGAAGCAAGUCACUUAAAGAAUAGCCCUUCUCUUUUGUCAAAGUAAAUUAAAAUGCCUCUGUUGGUUAACUUUUUAUGUAGAUGGUACAAAUAUUUUAUGAUUUCAUACACUACCUAGAGAUAAAUUAUAAAUAUCACAUUCUCACAAACAAAUGAAAAAUGUUAAGAUCUCAAAUUGCUACCCGGUAAGUUAGCAAUUUGGAAACUUGGAAUGUAUGAAGUAAUUGGCUUGCCAGAACUGACCUUGCUGAUGCACUGAUUAACUGGCAGGGCUUAUUCAAUGAGAAACAGGAUGCACAUGCAGCAGCUGGAAGCCUGCCAUGACUUCUGAAAACAUUUAGUCUCCCAUGAAUCAGUCUAGCUGGCUGAAGGCUACAUCUGUAUAGAAAAUGUUGAGUAGAGGCUUGUGCUUUGUCACAGUGUUAGAAAAGUAUAGCAGUGGCAUGUUCCUGGGAAAGAGUUUAAAUCAGAAGAGGAUGAGGGGGAGGAAUCUCCUGGAUCUCUUGCAUUUUACACCAGGUAACCAUUGCUUUGACAAUUUUAACCUUUCUAUAGGGAAAAAAGUCUUCCUUGGCUGGAAAAAUAAUGAGCAAGCAGUGCAUAUGAGAGAAUUUUAAGUUUGAAAUAAACUGAAAUAUUUAUUGCACAUCAUUCUUAUUUCAAGAAAAAUGCUUACUUCUUUCAUGCCUUUCUGGUAAGACUGCAGAAGUUGGUGUGCCUUGUACUGCGUAAAGAGGAAGACUUGGUUUGGUUUUGACAUGCUUCCCAUUUCAGCAGUAAUUUGACAUUUUCCUUCUUAUCUAAAUAGAAAUAGAAACAGAUAAUAGCUCUGUUUGACUCACCAUUAAUGUCAUCUUGGGCCCACUCAAGUCGUGUAGAUCAGAACCCUCCAGUUCCUAAAAGAAGAUGGUCUCAAAGGACUGGUAAAAUGGUGUCAAUCACAAGAUCCCCUGGUGUGAAGAUCGGAAAGCAGGAUUGUGCAUAUAUCUUUGCAGUGUUCUUAUUUCAUGUAGCUUUCUCCUGCAUUUAAUAUCAGUGGUUUGAGAAAGAUAGAUAGCUUUUGCUACUCUCAAGUGAAGCUGAACUUCAUCUACAUGCCAGUGCGAUGUGUGACUGUGCAGGAGAAGUGAAAUAACACCAACGUGUAAGUUGGAACAGAUGUUUCAUUUGGUUGCUGGCAGUGGGUGCAACUGCAAGUUGAGACAAAUCUGUGUGCCUGUCUAAGGAGCACCAGUGUGCUUGUUAAAAUUCCCUGUCAGUCAGGAAAAUGCUGGUGGGGUACAAGGGCAGGGAAUAUUUUGGUUCAUUGUGUAUGAGAAGACGUGUCAGUUGGACUUCUCAAAUGUCAAGAAGGGUGUCCUUUUCUCAAAAAGUAAAAGCUACCAAUCCUAAUUCUUGCUACCAAAUUGUCUGUGGAAAGAGGCUGUGGUUUUGAGUACCCACCUUGAUUACUUUCUUUUCUGAAGGCCAGCCAUCUUCUACACUGUAUCCAUGGCAAAGAAGACACCUUAUUAGAAAAUCCUAAAUUCUACUAUGGCUUAGUGUGCAUAACCCAAAGAAAAGAUUAUUACUAAAAAUACAGGCCUAGUACAAAAAUAAAAAGGGAAAUGAACUAGAUUCCUGAUGAACAUAUGGGAAACCUCGAGAGAGCAGAUCAGUUUUCCAGGGAAAUGCAGACUUUUACUACUUCAAAUGGCUGGCUGCUUAGUAAGGAUGACUUUCUGAUAGUGCUGUUUCUCUCUGAAUUGUUUGCAUUUCAGUGAGGGAAAAUAAAUAGCAUAUUUUCAAGUGAAAUCAAAGAAAUGUAUUUGGGAUGUCUUCCCUGUUGUAGUCACAAAACAGCCGUGUGCUUUGUUGGCUUUGUGAAUCCCAUAUAGUUUACUAGUCUUGUGCUGGCUGCAAAAUACGAGCUAGACGUUGCUUCUGACAGAGUGCCCUAGCAGUGUCACAGAGGCACAGUGCCACAGGGCUGUUUGCAAACAACCCUGAGAGGCCAAAAUACUUAAUUUACAAUCUUUCAUAAAGUAGAAUAUGUUGUCACUGUCACAAGGUUAGGAGAGUUGCUUGCUACUUUUUCAAUGCGCUGAAAAUGCCAAGUAACAAAAUUCUUGGUAUGUUUACAGUUGGGAGAGUGAUGCUUGAUCUGAAUUGUAUGAAAAUGAAUGAUUUAAGAAGAUGCCACUAUUAUCUCUACAUUUGUUUGGCUCCUAUUUUUAAAUACCAGAAUCUACAUGCUUUUGUAAAAUAAUAAUAAUAUGAAUAUGAAGUUGAUCCUUUUGUUAAAAAAGCCACAACAGAGAGUGGUUUCUUGUUUUGUUUGUGGGUAUCAGUUUAGCUUCAUGAAAAAGUUGCUUAAGAUCUUUAGAAUGCAGGAUUCCCUCUGAGCCCUUAUGCCUGUGGUUGAGCAAUAAAAGAUUGAAACAAGAGUGGUAUUUUCAGAAUUAUUUUAUGUUUGAUGAGGAAUAUUGCCAAGAAAUGAAAGAGUGCACUUUUAGGAGGGAAUGCUAUUUAAAAUGUAUAAAUAGGAAUUAAAAUAGUGUAUAUAUUUAGGAAAAAUCUUUUUAAAAAGUAAGUGCUUUACAUGUUGAAUUAAAAAUAAAUUAGCAUAGAAACKAUACCAUCUUCACAGUACUGGCUGUUAUCCAGCAAGGUUUGGUUUGUUUUAUUUGUGAUUGCUGUACUAAUUAUAUUUGAUUUUUUUUAUCUGUAAUGUAACAAUAGUGUAUUAUAACAGUAUAUAGUGUACUAUACUACACUUCACUGUACAGUAUUUGGAAUUUUCUUUGAUUGCUAUAUUAAAACUAUAAGUUAAAACAUC